AUGUCGGAAACAAUGGAAAAAAUGCCAGAAAUGCCAGGACAUACAAGUUCAGGCCACAAUAAACUUUACUUUUCUAAUGGUAAGAAGAUUUACAAUAAACAGUCAGAAAGUCAUGAUGAUAUAAUAUUUUCACUAACAUUUGUUAACACAACAGAUUUAUCCAAAAUCGUUGCAUUAUUUUCCGGUUUUCAAGUAACGGGAUUGACAACGGGACAAUUAAUCAUAGAAUAUAUAAGCUCGAUAUCAAUCUACCAAGAAUAUAAAAUUCCAUCAUCGACAAUUAAAGAUGACAUACCUAACAAUUUAGAAAAUUUUGCAUUAAUGGGAAAUAUUGAAAGUGGAAGUUACAAAGAUAAUAUUGGACUUGGAUCUCGUAGCUUUGUUGAAAAUACCGAUGAUGAAAUUAAUGAUAAUGAGAAUAUGAAGUUGAUGUAA